AUAAGUGAUAAAUGCAAAAUGAUAGGACAAAUACAGAGCUCUUUGGAAAAUGGAGGAAUUGGCAACAUUGAAGAAAAGUCAGUUCCUGAUACUCAUCUCAAAGAAGUGCAGACGUUGGUUACUUCAGCUAAGUACAUUGAAAAAGCUUAUGAAAAAUCACCAAACAUAGACCCUUUGCUCAUUUUCCUAGGAGCACGGAUUGAUUGGGAGAAGUUGUUUGAAACAUCCAAAGAGAAUGAAUUGCAAAUAAACAUAGGCUCAGGCACAGCCACAAAACUGGACAAUGAUGGACAGCAUGUUCCACUACCAUCUGUAACUGAAGCUGGUCAAUUGGUUCCUCAUUGUUCAGUGGCUGCAGGUGGUGAAGAUAAUAAAAUCCAGUCGAAUUCAGUGUCCAUUAGUGAAAGCAGUCAAAUAGCAAUUCCCAAUCUGCAAAUGACCUUAAGCAGUGGUCUUAAUGCAAAGUCUGAUCCACACCCUGAACUAACAGGGUUGACUGAUCAAAUCGCUAAUCAUCCUAACAUUUCUGAAGCAUCUCACAGACUGAUGAGAACCAUCAGUGAAGGACAAAGUGAGAGCUGCCUGAAAACAGCUGAGAAAGCCUGCAAUAUGGCUUUCCAUGGAUUAUUUAGUAAGCCCCUAUCAAUGCUUGUAAAUUUAGGAUUUAGAGAGACUUCACAGACAGACAUCAAAGAGUUAAGUACAGAAGGUGAAGCAUGUGAUCUUAUAUCUAAAAAUGGUUUGCAAUAUUCUUCAAGCAAAACAACAUUAAGCUGCCCUGAUCCACAGAUCACCAAAAAUUGUAGGCAAGCAAAUCUCUUCUGUACUUCGCCUAGGGAAAUUCAGCCUUCUAUGAGUGGACAUGAAGGCAGUCCAAAUUGUGAUUGCAACAUGGCAACUAAGUGUGUUGAAAACCUGGCAGAUAUCCAGUCUGAAAUGGCAGAGGUAAAGAGUUCAAGUGAAUCCCAUGAUACCAAGGGAAUUCACAGAGGUAAUCAUGCUAAGUCAAAGAGGGAUAACCGAAGAUCAGCUGACAGCCUUUCUGAAGAAUCAGUGUUGAGGAAAAAGAGUAGGAAAAUGUCUGUGUCAAUGCCACAUGGGAAAGAUGUGAAGAAGUUGAUCCACCUUUCUAAGAAACAACAUAACUUGAAAAAGAAUUCCAAAGUUACUUCAAACUGUGGUAUUGCAUUAAACUUUAAGCACGUGAGUAAGGAACUUUGUAUGAGCAGAAAGAGCACUUACAAAGAUAACAGAGUGUCUGUUCAACAAGAGACUGCUUCCCCAUCAGACAGAGAGCACAAACGUAUUAAGAAAGACAAUCAGGGUCAGUUUUCUGAUAAAACCAAAGGUAUAUUAUAUUAUGAUAAAAAUGUUAAAACAUUAAGAGAAAGUAAUCACCUAGAAAGCAAAGCUGUGCCUCUGCUCCAACCUAAAUGGUCUACCACGUCUAUGUCACAGGUCCACAUAUCUCCUGCAGAUCAUAAAAAAAGGGAUUUCAGAGGGGCAGGCAGUUCCACUGAUAACCUCUCUUCUCUGUAUAACGCUCGUGUUCAUGCUUUCAACAGUUGUCAAAAAAAGAUUGCCGAUGCAGUAUCUGUUCUGUCAAGUGAAGCCUCCUUUAGCAAAAGCAGCCGAUUGUCAAAGUUGCUUAGCCGUGCCGUGAGGGACUUAAAUAAAGCCUUUAAGAAGGUCGAUAAGUCUUCAGAAAUCAUAAGAAGAAUUGGUAUGAAUUUGAACCAAAAUUUACUGCCAAAAUCCUAUCAAACUAACUGCAAUAAUUUUUGGGAAUGUUGUGAUAUGUAUUUCCGGCGACAUCGUAAAGAACACCGGAAGCGGUUUGUUUGGAAAAUUGAGUCAAGGGAUAAUGGGGUCACCAGCGAAGAGCAACCGAAGGGUUUAGUAUCUGAACUGAAGCGAUUGUCCAAAAGGAGGCUAUGUGAAAAAGGCAGGAAAAGUGAGUGGGCCACAGCAAGCAAUGUAAAGCCAGCUUCAAUAGCAAGCUUAACAGUAAAUCCACGGGUGUUCUCAAAACACAUGCAAAAUAUACACUACCCCUGGACUAUUGUUACACUAAAGAAUCAUAUACCAAUCACACAGCAAAGAUUAAGUCAUAAAGUACUUCACGAGUCCCAGAAAAUGCAUCUCCCCAGUGAUUUAUGUGUGCAGACUGCACAGACUGGAGCUGGAUCCACUUCAGCAGACCCUCAAGAUGGUUGCUGCCUGAUGAGUGCUGAAGAAAUGGGAGUCUCAGAGGGUCCCAAGCCAUUGGAAUCCUCAACUACCUCUACACCUGAGAAAUCCCAAAUUAAAAUAGAUGUUGACUCCAAAGAGGGUCAAAUGUGCAUUUGGGGAAACACAGACUUAGUAACAGUAUUGGAAUUUCCCUUUGGUUCCCCAGUGGUAAAAAUUUGUUUUGACUCUCAAAUGGGAAAAUGUUUAAACAAACCUCAAGAAUUGGAAGUAUCUUCUGAAUCUCAAUCAUUGAAGCACUUGGAUUCAAAGCAUCCAAUAAAAUCUUCCUCUGAACUGACAGGGACACGGAGCAAGUUACAGCCCCAGAGUGAAUAUGAAUCACAGACACCAUCAGGCAAAGACCAAGGAGCCUACUGUAAAUCCAGUGGUUCAGAACUGAAUUCUCCCAGUAGUUGUCAAAAUUUGGACUGCCCCCUUCCCACUAAACCCUCUGCUGAGUUUGAUGCAUCACGACACCUACUCCAUCCCCUCUCAGUGGAAUACCAAACUAGAUCGUUAGAGAAACCCUUCCUUGUUGAUGCUCUGCCACAGUGUUUCAAAGCUAAAUUCCCUGUAACACCUAUUUCCACAGGAUCAAAAUUGCAGUAUCUCACAGACUCACAGCAGACCAAAGAGAACUCGCAUAUUGUGGCAUCUGACGUGGAACCAGAAACAGCCAAACCUUGUGUGAAAUUAAACAUAACUGAACUGCAAGCAGGAACUCCACACAGUAACUCCCAAUUUGAAUUCAAUGUAACAAGCCAAGUUGCAGAAUCUUGGAUUGAUCCUAUAAUCACGGGAAAUGGGCCAGAGAUGGGAUGUCCCAUUGCAGUUCAGGUUGGCAAAUCUCCUGCGGUUUACCAAGCAGAGCAGUGCACCAAUGAUCUCCAAAUGGUGAGAACCCAAACUCAACCUGGGACGGCAAUACUGCAGGAGGGGCCCAGCAUGGUGAUAUUCCAAAAUGAUUCCUUUGUCAGAGUUAGAAAUGAGGAUUUAACAGAAAUGAAGGAGGAGGAAGGGGAAACUGCAUCUGAGAAUGGGUGUGGAGUGGUAAAGAUCAGAAUGCCUGACAUCAGUCACAAGGCAGACAGGGCAGAAGAACAAAGUCAGGGCCAUAAAAUCAGACACUCACCAAGUACAAAGGAAGCCCAACAAGCUGGUGUUCUUGUAGCCAAGAUAUCUGAGAUUCUGUAUCAAGCUGACAACACAUCACUGCUGGAAAGCUUAGAAAAGUUGAAAGUCAAGUGUGAAAGAAUGCUGCCUGCAUUCAUCUUGGCUUUUGAACAGUCACAGGGUGUGUCAUUUGCAGAGACCAUUAUUUGCAGAAAUUGGUUGCUGCGAGAUGGCCUGCACAGCACUGCGAGCGUAGUGCGCUUAAAAGCCAGUGCCCUGGAGCCAUAUGUGGAGCUGCAGAUGAUGAUGGAAACAGUGUGGUUCUUGAGAAACAAGAUCAGCUUCUUGCAAGGUGGCCUGACAUUGCGAAGCCUGCUAUGGUAUGAUGAGACUUUGUAUGGUGAAUUGCUGACCAAGAAGAUAGGUUAUCAGCAGCAGUCUAGCCUGUAUCCUUCUUUCCAAGAGAGAAUAGCAAGUGGCUGUUUGCCGGCAGUAAGUAACUACCAGAUGCAGAUAUUGAAAUCCUGCCUGACAGAAACAAUGCGGCAAAACGCUUAUUAUGUAUACCUGAAGCACAGACGGGAAUUGGAUGAAUGCUCGUCAGUAAAACAGAACCUCUCCGACUGCUCCUGCUUCUGCCUCUCUGUCCCAAUCAUGUGCAGUAUUAACUAUGGAGUCAGUCUGGAAGACUUGUCAGCACUGCACAAAAAUGUGAGGGCAUUGAUAAGCAGGCUUGCUAGCCUGCCCAAAGGUCAGCAUGAUGUGGGCAAGUUGCUGCAUUUAUGGCUCAUUAUUGACUUUGUAAAUGGGAAAACCCGGUACAUCCAUGAGAACUCAGUGCCUAAUGAAGAGCUGGGAUGGGUUGGGCUAGAGCAUCUUCAGUUCAAUGUAGCCAAGAUAUUGGUUUGGCAGAUGAGGAGAGAACGCAAGUUACAGGGUGGCAAUCGGGACUGGAGUCAGACAGGCAAUAUAACAAAGCGAGUCUCAGAGUUAAACAGAGAGGCAUUGGACUUGUACAAUGGCUAUAACAACAUAGAAAGGAUACCCCUGAAUGGCAAAGAGCAAAUGGACAUCGCCCAAGUGGCUGACAAACCACCCAAGACAGUGGGUAAAAUAUCUUUCCACUCAGUAGAGGAUAUCCUCCCAGAGCACCCAGAGCAUGGACUGAAUAAUUGCCUCCAGAGUUGCUUCCAGCUUCCUUUGGAGCAGUUUGAUUCUGUUGGAAGAAUCCUGGAGCAUUCCCGGGGGUCUCAGCAGGCAGAAUUGGACCAGCUCCUUGUCAAGUGCGAACGUCAUGUGGAGUCUUUGAAGAAACUUUUCCAAGUGCUCCAGGAAGUUGACUCUGAAAGUGCCCUGGUGACAGAAGCCAAUGUUUUUGACCCAUUUGCCGCCCAGGACACCAGCCCUAUUCUCCUGAACUCUAAAGCCACUGAAAUCUACAUCGAGCUACUCAUGAUGUUCGAAACAGCUCAGUACCUGAAGAAUCUGAUAGCUCAUCGUGCAAGCAGGCCGACGUACAGAGGAAUGCUGUGGUUUGACUCAUCCUUGCUUCCUGAACUUCUUCAUAUUCAACAGUACAACUCGAAUUUCUCAAGCUGCUGCAAAGAGUAUCUGCAGGAUUUGAGAGAUGAACUGGAGCGAGCAAUCUCCCGCCUAGCACAAGAGGUGGAUUUAAUCUUUGAGUACAGGGAAAGCAGCAACCAUGCCUAUGCAGUUCAAAUUAUGUCAAGGGAGCUGUCUGAAGUGAUUGCAAUUAGGGACUACAUUCAUCAACAUAACCUUGGUGUUAGUGAGUAUGUGAACAUGGUGCCUCAUACAGCAUCCAUUAACUAUGGCAACACUGAAUCAGACUUGGACCACAACUAUAGGCAGUUGAUGGCCCUUCUGGAGAAGCUGGUCAGGGCGCCUGUGAAAGAUUUUGGGAAGAUGGCACACAUCAUGGUAGUCCUGAAGAGCAUCACAGACAUGAGGCAGGUGGCUGCAGAAUGCACAUCGUCCACCCUUCACAUUCUCACCUACCAGAUGCAGUUGAACAGUAAGAAGAGGAGGCUCUUAGCGGAUGUCGAGAUGGUCCUGAAUUCACAUAAAUUGAGGAAUGCUGAGGACCACCCAGACACAGUGCAGAGGGGCACACCUGUAACUGUCACUCCAGGGUACAAGCAUCUUAGUGGAGCCUUCGCUGGCAAGAGAAAAAGGCAGUGUUCUAAAUCUCCAUUGGUUCCAAAUCGAGGAGAGCUUGGGGUAGACAGUGCUCCUAAAGAAGUAUGAUUGUAAACAAUACGAAGAGUCCAAAGUGUGGAAAAUCCUCCUACAUAUUCCUGUCUUCUGUGUGCAUUUUCUGACCUCUGAUUAAAGUGGAAUGACAUGUGUUGAUACAAAAUUAAAUAGAUAUUUCCAAUUUUUAAAUAAAUUGAGAAAUAGAAAACAGUAUAAAGAAUUCAUACCAAUGAAUUUAUAUUUGAACCAGGAUUUGUUUGUAACUUAUUGUCAGUAGCCUGGUACUUACAAGUUAUUUGAAGUCAGGGUACAAUUAAUAGAGAAAGUACCUUGUAAAUUCAUUCAUAUUUAAAAACAAAUGGGAAGAUUUAAGGUAUUUGGAACAGGCAGAAAAUAAAUGGUAGCAGGACAAAAUAAAUGAUCGAGUGAAUUAUGACAAGCAGGCUUUAAAAAUAAGUUCAAAUAAAAGCCCAGCAAAUGCAGGCUUUAAAUUUUC